GCCGGCGAGGUGGCUUAGCUAGCAGUGGCGCUUGCGGCCAAGCCUGACGACAUGAGUUCGACCCCCGAGCGUGGUGAAAAAAAAAAAUCGAUUCUUGUGGGGUGUUGUCUGACCUGCACACACUUCGUGGCACGCUCCCCGAACACACACAAAACAAAUAUAGUUUUUAAGGGGCUGGAGAGAUGGCUUAACGGCUAAAGCUUGUGCUGCUCUUGCAGAGGACUGGGGUUCAGUUCCCGGAGCUCACAUCUGCCUGUAGCUCCAGAGAAUCCAACCCUCUUGCACUCACUUGUUCGUAAACAUACAUACACAUAACUUAGUAAUUUUUACGGGUGUUAGUAAGUAGGGGAAAGAGCUGAAAUCGUCCUUGCUCUUUGUCCCAUGCUCUUCUCAGUGCUUAACACCUGCGACGACUCCCAACCACAGCCUUCGCAGCUCCGUCCUUUAGGAAACUACUUUUUUUCCACAUGAGGAAACCGAAGGUCAGCGGUAGCGUCUGGCCCGGAGUCAGGCAGCUGGGAAGCGCAGGGGAGACUGAUGGGCUGCCAUCUGCUCAGGCAGGCUGUCCUUGGAUGCCAGGUCACAACUCAGCCACUGUGAACUUCAAGACAUAGGAAGAGCCAAGCCAGACCACCACACAGCCACAUCUUGACAGAGCAGCAGCCUGUGGCCUCUGCAGCUCCUCAGGAAGGAUACACCCCACCGCUGCAUGCAUUGACCAGGCCACUCUCCCAGUUAGUGAGGACCUGUAGGCAGCUCCCAAGAUGGGCGAAAGGAAAGGCCAAAACAAGUACUAUCCCCCAGACUUCAACCCCGAGAAGCAUGGCUCUCUCAACCGAUACCACAACAGCCACCCCCUUCGAGAACGGGCUCGGAAGCUGUCACAAGGCAUCCUUGUCAUCCGGUUUGAAAUGCCAUACAACAUCUGGUGUGACGGCUGCAAGAACCACAUCGGCAUGGGUGUGCGCUACAAUGCAGAAAAGAAGAAGGUUGGCAAUUACUACACAACUCCAAUCUACAGGUUCCGGAUGAAAUGCCACCUCUGUGUCAACUACAUCGAGAUGCAAACAGACCCUGCGAACUGUGACUACGUCAUCGUGAGCGGUGCCAGUCGCAAGGAGGAGCGUUGGGAUAUGGAAGACAAUGAGCAGGUGCUGACCACAGAGCAUGAGAAGAAAGAGAAACUGGAGACAGAUGCCAUGUUCCGCCUGGAGCAUGGUGAGGCUGACCGCAGCACACUGAAGAAGGCCCUCCCCACGCUCAGCCACAUCCAGGAGGCCCAGAACGCCUGGAAGGAUGACUUCGCUCUGAAUAGCAUGCUCCGCAGGCACUUCCGGGAAAAGAAGAGAGCCAUGCAGGAGGAGGAGGAGAAGGACCAGGCGCUGCAGGCGAAGGCCAGCCUCGCCAUCCCUCUCGUGCCGGAGUCGGAGGACGACCGGAGGCUGGCCGCGCUGCUGAGGUUGCACACGCUGGACUCCUAUGAGGACAAACAGAAACUGAAGCGCACCGAGAUCAUCCACCGCUCUUGGUUCCCCUCGGCCCAGGGACCCAGUGCCAGCAGCAGCAAAGCUAGCACCGUCCUGAGGAAGCUGUGCCAGGGCCGCAGACCAACCCCCAGCACCACAGGCACAGUGGGGGACCUGGGCAUAGUAAGGAGAAGGUCUCGAGACGUUCCAGGAAGCCCCCAGAGGGCUGCAGACGGUCCCCUGCCAGCAGAACCGAGAGGGCCACCAGGAACCACCCAGGAUGGCCCUCAAGAGCCAGCAGAGGCCCCUAGGACCAGCGAGACACCAGAAUCCAACAGGAACUGUAGAGAGCAGGCCUUACCCCUGGGUUCCUCCCAGGAGGACCUCCUGCACCCCAGCACCCCCAGUGCCUCCCUGGUGGCCGACUACUCAGACUCAGAGAGCGAGUAGGGGAGUCAGAAUUCUGGGGACCGGACGCCAGGACCCGGACUCAGCGAGACCUUACGGACUGCAGGCCCCGUGGCUACAGCCCAGCCAGACCUCUCUCCCUCUACAGAUCAUUAUUUAUUGAGUCUUGGUGAGGAUGUCUGCCGGGGGUAGCCGCUGACACCCUAACAUUAAAGCCCUGUUCUCUGUC